CUUAUCGGAGCCCAUAAAACAAGUCUUGCCUCGUUAACGCUCCACACAUCGCGAUCCAGAUGCAGCCGCCAUCGCUGCAUCCGCCGGCGGCGGCGGCCACACCGCGGGGUCGAAAGGGGCGACCCAGGAGAGACCGGACGUGGCACAUCACGGUGUUCAACUACAUGCCGCUGCCGUGGGAUCAGAGGGACUGGGCGGAGCUUCCCCAGGACGCGAUCUCGUGCAUCUUCCGCAAGAUGAACCAGUUCGAGCUCCUGCUAGGCGCCGCGGCGGUGUGCCGCUCCUGGCGCCGCGCCGCGUGGCACGUUCCGCCCUCCGGCUGGCAGGCCACCCCCGGCAGCCUUGUGCGGGCCGCCCUGCGGCUCAGCGCCGGGCAGUGCGAGACCUUCGUCGCCGAGCUCCUCGACGACGACCUCUUCAUCUUCCUCUCCGAGCAGGCACCCUUACUAAAGAAUCUCUAUCUCAUCAAGUGUUAUUUCGUCUCAAAGGAAGUAUUUGCAAAGGUUAUGCACAAGUUCCCUCUCCUUGAAUAACUCGAGCUUUCGAUGUGGUUAGGUGGCACAGAAAUGCUCGAGAUCGUCGCGGAAGCCUGCCCACGCCUGAAGCACUUCAGUCUCAUAAAAAGAGAUCGUUUUUACGAACUUGAGGACAACGGCAAUGCUUUCGCGAUUGCGAAGAUGCACGGGCUACGUUCCUUGUAUCUCGACGGCAACAGACUCACCAACAAAGGGCUGACAGUGAUCCUUGAUGGCUGUCCCCACCUAGAGCACCUUAACGUUUUCGAAUGUAAGUAUCUCAGGAUGGAUGAUGACCUGCUGGAGAAGUGUUCUCGAGUUAACAUGGAUGGCCCUCGGUACUCUUUGCCAUAUCUGCCUUGCAGUUGUUGUUGGAGUCCUGACUAUCCGAAUCACGAGGAUUAUGAGGAUUACCGUGAGGAUUCUUAUUACUACAUCAGUGAUCACAUCGACGACAAUGAUCUUGCAGAACACGAGAGGCUUCUUGACGUCAAGGGCAUGCGGAGGUACUUGCCCUAGUGAGAUCUGGUUGUUUGGUUGGAGUUCCCAGAUAACCUACUCUUGCUGAUGUCGCUGAUGGAAUGUUGUUUCACUGCAUCAAUUAAUUUCAACCGCGAGUUUUCCAAUCCAUCUUUCUUCACGGAGGUUUGGUAUCCAUCUAUUCUUUUCGAAAAGGGGAAUACCCAGGCCUCUUCGUCAUGCGAUGUACACGGCCUAUUUAUUGUCCAAAUUUAUUGGAAUAUAUGAUUGUUCCCAAUAAAAGAAGUGUCGACAUGUGCUUCUUCACUUUUGCUAUAACCAGUUGUGCCAUGUGAAGGAUGCCAGCAUGAAAAUUGUACACGGAUGUUCAAGGUUGCUGGUUCUCAAGUUAAACUUCAUUUGGUAGAUGUGGCGACAAUCAGGCAUCCGUCUGUCCUUUCGCUUCCCCAUCUUACUUCCUGUACCUCCUGAUAGAAUUUUCUUUACGAUUGAAGCUUUGAUGUUCAUGGUCUGAUCCCGGGAAUUCAACAAAGGCGGAUCAAUCUCGACGCAGUCCGUCAGUCAAAUGCUUGUGCCAAGAACUCCUGCUAGAUGCUUAAAAUAAUGUGUGCAUCCAUGCAUGUCAAAAUUGUUUCCAUGUAUACUUUUGUCACAUGAUGACGUUGAAUGCCAUGAAUUUAUAUAUUGCGGAAAUUACCACCAAGAUCUCUUUUAUUGAUGA